AUGGAAGGAGAAGUACGCAAAGGCGGCCCCGGCGCUCCAAUGGCUCAGCGCACGGCAUUCGGGUGGAUUCUCCUGGGCGAAGUCGACGGCGCAGCAAGGUCCGGGGAGGCAUCAUCCCAUCACUGCCAAGUAGACGAGGACCUCGUGGGACUGGUGCGUCAAUUCUGGAGCCAGGAAGAACCACCGACCAGUUCCACGCCGCUCACGGAGGACGAGCAACGCUGCGAGACAUUCUAUGUCUCAUCGCUCCGCCGCACGCCUGAGGGACGGUACGUCGUGCGCCUCCCGACUACCACGACGCUGCCAGACUUCGGCGAGACGCAGCGCACGGCCGCAUGGCUGGUUCGCUGCAUGGAACACCGGUUUGCGAAAGACCCGGACUUGCAUCGGCUCUACUGCACCUUCAUGCGAGAGUAUGAGACGCUCGGCCACAUGCUAGCAGUCUCCCCGCCGUCGGAGGUCGAGCGCGCGCGCACAUGCUAUCUCCCGCAUCACGGCGUACUCAAGGAAGCUGCACCAGAGAAAGAAUCAGAGUAG